GGUCGAAGUUCUUGUUGUCAAAUGUGUAGACUUGCACUGACGACUUACCGAUUUUCAGACAAUAUCCGAGGCCUUCCAGCAACUCGUCAAUAUCGUCCACCAACGUGUCCAAAACAAAAAUUGGAGGUGGCCUACACUGAAGAUAAAAAUUACGCCCAAAAUGUGUCACAGCUACACAUUGGAUGUGUCAACCGCGUUGAUUUAGAAUCGAUGUGUCGAUUUUACACAUCGGUCUGGUUUUUGCCCCAAAAUCCAUCCAAUGUGUAAACUUUUUUGCGACUGCUGCACAAAGUUGCCGCCAGGUGCGCGCAGGUCGCGAGCUGUCAAACUGUUAGAGUUUUUUUCGCAGCGUGGUUCACUUUUCGGGUUCGUCCGGGAUUAUUAUCUUUUAAGUUCGAUCUAUUUGGCCAGCGGAAUAAACUUGGUUCCUGGACGAAGAUUUACUUUUCGGACCGGAUUUCCGGACAACCUCAGUAUUCAGAGUGUUAGCACUUUUCCAGUGUCCAGUUUGAGUGCAGCUGCUUCUCCUACUAGCACAGGUUCUCUGGAUCUGGACCUCCGCCAACGUGUCCACAAUCCACCCUUCGGGCGGCUCGGUCAGCCGAAUUCGAGCUGGAAUCCGCUACAAGUGCCUGCGUACAUUCCGCAACAGCCUCAGCUGACGUACAAGUCGAUGGCGCGGUCAAAGCUCACGUGGCACACCCCGCCCAACCACCAAGACCAACUGUAAAACUUUAUGUCCGCAAAUUUAUGUCCAAGCAACAACAAGUUCGAGGGCGCGGUCCUGCCACCGACCCUACCGGAACGAUCCCCGCAGAGAGCGGUAAAAGCUGGCAACGACCGUGCGCGAUCCGCCAUCGAUCAGCUGCUGUUCCAGCGGGCGGACAAGAUCGAGUUCGAGUCGAAUGUGCAUACGGCCGCCCGCGAGCGAAAGGAACUAAGCGUCCACUCCAUCUUCCGCAUUCCGACGACCGCCAAGCAACCGUCCCGGUCGCCGUAGGACGUUACCUCAUCGACGCAGCACGACAACGAGCAGCAGCACUACCAAGAAAAUUAGACCCGCCGCUAACAGU